AUAAAUCUAUAUUAAGCAAAUUACGAUGGGUAUAUGUAAUUAUUGAUGAAGGCCAUCGCAUGAAAAAUACUAAGUCAAAAUUAUCAGUUAUUUUGACAAACAAUUAUCAAUGCCGUUAUCGUUUAAUUUUGACGGGAACUCCUUUACAGAAUAACUUGCCAGAAUUAUGGUCAUUGUUGAAUUUUAUUUUACCGAGGAUCUUUGACUCCGUAAAAAGUUUUGACGAAUGGUUUAAUACUCCAUUCGCGAAUGCCGCAGGACAAGACAAAAUAGCACUAAACGAAGAAGAAUCAUUACUUAUUAUUCGACGUUUACACAAGGUUCUAAGACCAUUCUUAUUGCGUAGAUUAAAGAAAGAUGUUGAGUCAGAAUUACCUGAUAAAGUAGAGACCGUGAUUAAGUGCAGGCUUUCAGCUUUGCAAUUAAAGCUUUACAGUCAAAUGAAAAAACAUGGUGUACUGUUUGUUAAUACCGGAGAGAAAGGGAAAACCGGGAUAAAAGGUCUCAACAAUACUAUCAUGCAAUUGAGAAAAAUUUGUAAUCACCCAUUUGUUUUUGAAGAAGUUGAAAAAGACAUAAAUCCUGGAAAUACCAAUAGUUCUUUGCUAUACCGAGUAUCUGGAAAGUUUGAGUUACUGGAUCGUAUAUUGCCAAAAUUUUUUGCUACAGGACACAGAGUAGCUAUAAUGACCAUAAUGGAAGAUUUUCUUAACUGGCGUGGGUUUAAAUAUCUAAGAUUGGACGGUAACACAAAGGCAGAGAGCAGAUCAGAUUUGCUGAAAUCGUUUAACUCUUCGGAUUCGCCUUAUUUUGUAUUUUUACUUAGUACUCGAGCUGGUGGACUUGGUCUUAAUUUGCAGACAGCUGAUACUGUUAUUAUAUUUGACUCUGAUUGGAAUCCACACCAGGAUUUGCAAGCACAGGAUCGUGCACAUCGUAUAGGUCAAACCAGAGAAGUUCGUAUAUUACGGCUAAUCUCACAAAAAUCUAUUGAGGAGACCAUUUUGGCUAGAGCUCAAUAUAAAUUGGACAUUGAUGGUAAGGUUAUUCAAGCCGGUAAAUUUGAUAAUAAGAGUACAGAAAACGAACGUGAAGAACUUUUGCUCAUAGCUCGUAAUGACGAUGAACUUAUCAAAUUCAAACAAAUUGAUCAGGAGAGGACACAAAGAGAAGAGAUGGAAUGGAAAAAAUCCGGAGGUAAAGGAAAACGGCCAGAUAGAUUAAUAGAGGAGAGUGAAUUGCCACCUGUAUAUAUAAAAGAGUACGAUGCAAUAGUACGACAAGAUGAACCAGGAGUAGAAUAUACCCAUC